GGCCAUAAACAAUAUUUCCCUUCCCUUCAAUAUCUUUUAAAUUUUGUUCUCUUAGACGUUGACAAGAAGAUUUAUAUUUUACACUACUAGUCUAGAGACAGUCAUCUUUAUACCUGAUUUAGAGGAUUCGUGGAUAGGGUUUCUUCUUUGGUCUAAGGCUUACACACAAGUGUUUUCACUUUUCCGAUUAGGUUUUGGAGUGAGAAUUAACUUUGUGUGUUUAUAACACUCGUUCAUCCUCUUCCUUUGUGUCAUGGAGGAGCCUUGUGAGACACUCAACAAUGGUGAAGCCUUUCAGAUAUCUAGAUAUCAUAAGUAUAAUCAUCACAGCUCCAUAAUCUCCUCCCCCUGGUUAGAUUUGAGAGUGUUUUAUGUGAGGAUUAGUAAUCUCAAGGUGGAAGAUUCAACCCCUGAGGUCCUCACCAUCAACCACAUUCCUCUGGAUCCAGACACCCUUCUGGAGAUAAACGGUGUUAGGAUGAGCAUGUACUCGGAAGGGUGCUCUUCACAGCUUAGGAGGGAUCGUGUUGAUAAGAAAUCUGAAGAAGCUACUUAUGUAAGCACAGACAAUAUCAGGUUAAAUGGUAGUGUAAAGUUUGAGGUUUAUGACAGAAACGAGCUAGUUUUGUCUGGUACUCUUGAGAUGUCUGAUAGUAAUGGGUUCAAGAAGCAGUGGGAUAUGACUUGUGAAGCUGAGAUCACUUCAGGGUCUGGUUUCUUAAAGGAGAAGAACAAGAAUGUUCAAGAUUUAUUGCCUGCUUUGCCAACUAUUGAGGUCUAUGUCACUGGCUGCUUCUUAGGAACACCCAUCAUCUUAACCAAGACUCUGCAGCUUGGUUUGAGAAAGAAGCAAAGUAGAAGAAUGGCGUUGGAUUCAAUUCCUGAGUAUGAAACUGCAGAAGAGCCUCCGAAAGACAUAUCCUCUGAGUUUGAUCUUCAGGCAGCAGAAUACGCGAAUUACAAAGAAGAAUACAGUGAAGACAUGUAUUGGAGAAAUGAGGGCUUAGAUGGAGAGAUGUCAUGGUUCAAUGCAGGUGUAAGAGUUGGUGUUGGGAUUGGACUUGGUGCAUGUGUUGGUCUUGGGAUUGGUGUCGGUCUUCUCGUACGUACUUAUCAAUCAACUACCAGAAACUUCAGGAGGAGGCUUCUCUAGUUUUAUAAAACUAAAUUGAAAUUUUGUAAGAAUCCUUCUUUUCUUGUAACCGUAGUGUUUUGACUGUGAUGUGAAAUAAACAGUUUGGUGUGGGUUUGUUGGCAUCUGAUUUCAUGUAUAUAAAUGAGUGAGAGAGUUAGCUUUUGUAUUCAGAAUUUGGCUGAGGAGAAAGCAAACUUGUAAACUAGAUAAGAUAUAUUGGUUUAGAACAAAAAGAAUAUAGUCAAUUAUGCUAUUCUUUUUUUCUUACUUUGUCACAUUCAACAUUCAACGCUUCUUUCUUUCACCUCCUUUGUUCUUUUUACCUGUAAAUACUCUGUCUACUAUCU